GCCAGCGGAGAACUAUCACAGACUUACUUGUAAUUCCUUCCUAGGCGCGCGCAGGAAGACUGGUGUUUUUAGCGGAAUAGCAGAAUUAUUCAUUUAAUUACUUAUUUCAGAAGCAGAAACAGAGAGUAACAGAGAAGAGGGAAAUGGCAGGCGAGAACCUGCAAGUACUGAACGCGCUGGAUGCGGCGAAGACCCAAUGGUAUCACUUCACGGCGAUCAUCAUCGCCGGAAUGGGCUUCUUCACCGACGCCUACGAUCUCUUCUGCAUCUCCCUCGUCACCAAACUGCUCGGCCGCAUCUACUAUCACGUCGACGGUUCCCCCAAGCCCGGCACCCUCCCGCCCAACGUCUCCAUGGCCGUCAAUGGCGUCGCCCUCUGCGGCACCCUGGCGGGGCAACUCUUCUUUGGCUGGCUCGGCGACAAGCUGGGCCGUAAGAAGGUCUACGGCCUCACCCUCAUGCUCAUGUGCCUCUGCUCCAUCGCCUCCGGCCUCUCCUUCGGCAGCACCCCCAGAUCCGUCAUGGCCUCUCUAUGCUUCUUCCGGUUCUGGCUCGGAUUCGGCAUCGGCGGCGACUACCCUCUCUCCGCCACCAUCAUGUCCGAAUACGCUAAUAAAAAAACCCGCGGCGCCUUCAUAGCCGCCGUCUUCGCAAUGCAGGGCUUCGGAAUUCUCGCCGGAGGCAUGUUCGCGAUGAUCAUCUCCGCGGCUUUCAACGCCGGUUUCAACAAACCGGCGUACAAACUCGACCCAGUCGGUUCGACCGCCCCUCAGUCGGACUACGUGUGGCGGAUCAUCCUCAUGGCCGGGGCGCUGCCGGCGUUGCUGACUUUCUACUGGCGGCUGAAGAUGCCGGAGACUGCCCGCUACACUGCCCUCGUGGCCAAGGACGCGAAGCAGGCCGCCGCCGACAUGUCGAAGGUGCUGCAGACGGAGAUCCAGGCGGAACCGGAGAAGGUCGUGGCGCAGAAGGGCGGAGGCGGAGGCGGAGGGUACGGUUUAUUCUCGAAGGAGUUCGUGAGCCGGCACGGGUUGCACUUGCUGGGCACGACGAGCACGUGGUUCCUACUGGACAUCGCCUUCUACAGCCAGAACCUCUUCCAGAAGGACAUCUUCAGCGCGGUGGGGUGGAUCCCGCCGGCGGCGACGAUGAACGCGAUACACGAGGUGUUCGUGAUCGCACGUGCGCAGACUAUGAUCGCCCUGUGCAGCACGGUGCCGGGGUACUGGUUCACCGUCUUCCUGAUCGACGUGAUCGGGCGGUUCGCGAUCCAGUUGAUCGGGUUCUUCUUCAUGACCGUUUUCAUGUUUGCUCUGGCCAUACCGUACAACCACUGGAGCCACCCGGACAACCGGAUCGGGUUUGUCGUCAUGUACUCGCUCACCUUCUUCUUCGCCAACUUCGGGCCCAACGCCACCACGUUCGUCGUGCCGGCGGAGAUCUUUCCGGCGCGGCUCCGCUCGACCUGCCACGGGAUAUCGGCGGCGGCCGGGAAGCUGGGGGCGAUUAUUGGGGCGUUCGGGUUCUUGUACCUGGCGCAGAACCCGGACCCGAAGAAGGCCGAUGCGGGUUACCCGGCAGGAAUUGGUGUGAAGAAGUCGCUGAUAGUGUUGGGCGUGGUGAAUCUGUUGGGGCUGUUGUUCACGUUCUUGGUACCCGAAGCCAAGGGCAAAUCGCUUGAGGACCUCUCGGGGGAAAAUGAGGAGUCGCCUGGCCCAGCAGGGAACGGGACCGCAACUCCUUAAUUAGAAUAAUAUUGCUACUAAUAAUAGUAAUAAUUAAUAUUUAUAUAUUGUGUAUCUGCUUUUUCAUUUCUUUAAUUUUGAGCGAGUAAUUUUUGUAUCGAUGGUUGAAA